AUGUUGCCCAAGGCCUGGCUCUCCGUUUUUGUCUUGACUGUCGCAUCGUCGGCCUUUACCCUCGAGGAUCUACACAUGGACGGUAUCAACCAGUACCUCCAUCAGGGCAAGAGGCAAGACGCCGAAGGCACUGGCGGCUCAUCACCAUCCGCCACGCCCGCGCCAUCCUCAGCAGCACCUCCAGCGUCCUCCGCCGCACCACCUGCCACAUCGUCGGCCGCACCUCCAGCAACAUCCGCGACUCCCGAGCCAGAACCCUCAACCACCAACAACCCACCGCCGUCGAACGAUCCCACAUCCGACGCUCCCGCACCUUCGACUACCGCUGCCGCACCCACUUCCGAUGGCGGCAAUAAUAACAAUAACAAUAACAACAACAGCAACAACAACAACGACGCUUCAACAACCGCGGCGGGCACGAGUCGCACUGGUGGAGGUGGCGGCGCCGCUAACUCACCGACGGCCACUGAAGAUGGCAGCUCUUCCGUAAGAACGACCGCGAUUGUCAGGACUUCCGCUCUCUUCGCUACCUCGGUGUUCGAGUAUACCACGACUCUCGACACGACCCUGAGCGAUGGCAGAGUAACCAAAGCGACUUCGACAGGCACCAGCACUUCCGUCUCCUCCACCGGUGAAGCCGUCGUCACCGACCCGCCCACCGCACAAGCAGGUGACAGCGACAAUGGCGGUGGCAUUAGUGACUCCAACAAGAAAGUUAUCGGAGGUGUAGUUGGUGGCGUUGGUGGAGCCCUACUCCUCGGUGGCAUCGCCCUCGUCUUCUGGCGCAUGAAGAAGCGCCAAGCACGUGUCCACGAAGACGACGACGACCUCAUGGCCGGCACUGGCUCAGCCCUCGGCGACAAGCCUCAGAACGGCACCGGUUCAUCGCCCUUCCAGUCGAACCUGGAGCAGUACCACAACCCAGGAGGACGCCCCAACGCAGCUGCCAACUUCUAG